AUGUAUGUUCGCAAGCCCACUCUGGUGCAGGCGCGGCCUUUACAUGUGUCUGAACUUCGUGCGCUUGAAGCUGCGGUUCUGCAGGAAGAGCAAUUUCACGUGGUGGUCAUUGCUGGCUACCUCUUGUUUUGUUUAAUGGCAGUGUGCAGAUUUUCGGAUGCGAUGCACGCGCAGGACUUGUCAAUAUCCCAGUCAGGCAAGACUGUGCUCGUCGAAGCCGGCACCAACGUUCACAAAACAGCGCACACCAAAGAAAGGAAAACCAUGUUGUUACCGCUAGUUGCUUUGGGCCACGUGCUCGACUCGGAGCGCAGUUGGGCCGUUCGCUGGAUGGAAGUGCGUCAACAGCAGAAACUGGACAAGAAAGAGGUUAUUCUGCCUGCAUUUUCUGAACAGCGUGGAUGUUGGCUGGACAGACCCAUGUCAACGGCGGAAGGCAUGCUAUGGCUGAGGGACAUUGUGCAACUCCGCUGCCCUUCAGGUGAGACCCUCACCACGCACAGCCUGAAGACAACGCUUCUCGCAUGGUCCACAAUGUUUGGCGUGUUAGAUUUCCAGCAGCGGCGUACUUUGGGUCACCAUGUAGAUGCUGGUGUGGCCUCACCUCUGACCUAUGGCCGGGACAACGUUGCAGUCCUACAAGUGGCCAUUGCACGCAUGCUCCGUGCUAUAGUGGCGCAUAGAUUCAACCCAGAUCUGUCCCGAGCAGCUAGGAUUGAUAAGGAAAUCGAAGUCUUGACAGCUGAGCUGGACGAAAAUCACAAGCUGGUGGCUUAUGGACCUCUAGACACAGAUGACGUGUCGGACAUCGAAGAAGCCGAAGCAGUUGAAGAGGCUGUGGGACAGGCAGAGCUGGGGGGCCGCAUAUACAUAGCGGCCGCAAAGGCCAACGGCCGAAUAAAGCAGCACAGGGUCUCAGGCAUUUUGCAUUUCGUAGGUGCUAACGAGAAGCUGGCUUGUGGACGAAAGGUCAGCGACUUGGCAGGAUGGCGACGUCUGUUCUUUGAAAGCCAUACGCUCACAAUGUCCGACCUGAGAAGCCGGCUAGAUCGUAGAGAUGAUGAACCUCCAAGAAAGCUCUUGAUGCCAGAGCGGGCUGAGCGCCUCGAAGCUGCAAAGACUACUUUAGUUGGCCUCACCAUUGACUCACAGUUGGAGCCGGCUCACAAAUUAGUAGAUGUUGUUGUUCAGCAAGCCGAAGAAUCCACCAUCCGAUACAUUCCGCUCAAAGAUUGCCUGUCGCGGGAAUCUGAACUUUUGCACAACAAACAUGAACAGGCCAUUGAGUUCAAGAAUGACGGCACCAUGCGACUGUCCAAACGACAAAAAGAAAUCCGAGCUGACAUUGGAGGUGACCUCAAGGCCAAACUCGCUAUGCAGAGGCGCGCGCUGGCUUAUCAUCUAGCUGGAUUGUGCACAUUCCAGAAACUAGAUUCCAUAAUCCAAAGGAUGUUUGCCCUGCUUACCAAAGAGCCAGUUAAAGGGUUUCGCGCAGUGUCCUUACAACAAGUCAUUUUGGCUGAUCAAGAAAUGUGGAUGGCCGCGGCUCAGGCAUCCAGAGGCACACAUCUCACUGUGCCUGGGAGACCUUUGGAUGACAUCUUGAGCAGAUGUUUCGAAGCGCCAGAGACUCGAUACCAUCUCCUGCCCUUGCCCCUCGUCGACCGAUCUUUGCAAGAUGACGCGCCUGACCCCAAGCGACUCAAGUGGGACAAGAAAGGCAAGGGCAAAGGAAGACAGAGAGGCAAGCCUUCGUUUGACCUGCCCGACAGCUGUCAUCCUGAAACUCAGGUAGGGGACGCAGCCAGCCGGCGUCCCCUGGAGCCCGCAUCCGCGCUGGAAUUUUCAUCUGGGCCGUUGCAAGUCAACAUACCGAAUUCGUUUACAUCAGUAGAUUUUUCCGUUCCUGUUGACCAGCUUUUGUGCAUUGAAGUCUUCGCCGGCGGCGCACAGCUGUCCAAUUCCCUGCGUCAAGAGGGUUUUUCCAUUCUCCCAAUUGAUUGCGCAGUCGGUAAGACGCCCAAGGCGAAACUUUUGCAGUUGGAUCUCACACGACAGGCACACUGCGACAUUCUGGUGCACGCAUUAUCCCACGCAAAUGUGGCGUAUUGUCAUUGCACACCGCCGUGCCAAACCUCCUUGCGCGCAGUCCAUGGUCCUGGUCUUCGGUCAUCCCAACAGCCACUGGGAUUACCUUCUCUCAGCCCACAAGACCGAUCUCGGGUGGCCUCAGCCAACCAGCUCUUUUUUCUGAUACUGGGUGUUGUCUACAUUGCGGUUAGGAGGGGCAUCCUGGUCAGCGUUGCAAACCCAAGUCGUUCUUACUUCUGGUUAGCUGUAGCAGCUUUGUCCAAGCAGUUUCCUGUUUUGGCCGCUGCCUGGGAUUCUCUGGAGUCUAACCACUUUCAAUCCUGUGCACAUGGAGGGGCCGACUCUACAUGGCAUUGUUGGUAUGCUUCUGCCAACCUUCUCUGCCCGAUUCGUGCCCGGUGCACGCAUGCUCAUGAGGGUGAGACCUGCGCGCCUUGUCUGAAUGCUACCAGGGCGGCAUGCCCGCCUUUGUUGUGCGACCGGCUUGCCACUCUGAUAAAACAAGCUGCAGUCGACCGCGGUGCGGUCCCAACCCCUGAGUGUUUCCCCGCGCGGCCGCAGCCGCCGCCUCUUCGCCAACGGCGCCAGCCUCCUUUGGUGGCCGAAUAUAAGCUCAUCACAGACGCUUGCCCCGCGGCCUCGUGCGAGUACCGGCUCCUCCGCACUCUACCAGUCUUGAAAAAAGGGGUUAUUGAUGGUGGGUUUGAUGAUGCCAGAGGAACUCAGGUAGACUUGUCUGAAAAUUUUGACCCUAGUCAAGAUGUGUACGGGGUUUUCCGGACUCCUGCUGAGUUUGUAAAGGCAGCGCUGUUGGCCAAGCACCCCAUUGAUGCAAUACCUCAAAUUCCUGAUGUGUUGGUCCGCAAUGUAGUUCGGGUGUUGAAUGAUGGGCCCGCCCUGACGAACGCCAAAAGAAAGCUCGCAGUCAAGAAAGUCCAGCGUUUAGCAUUGUCGCUCCAAGCUGGUGAAGUUGAACUACACCAGUCACUUAACCCUGAAAUGCAGGUAGUGCUCAAGGACAAGAAACUGUUGUUGUGGAAGGAACUCAUGACACUGACAGACUUCCACGAUAAAACUCUCUUUGAUGAGGUCACUAAGGGUUUUAGUUUGGUUGGUCAAGCAGCUUUCUCCGAGCAGUUCCCUCACGGAUUUGUGCCUAUGCAACAGACUCCACAAGAGCUUAGGGCUAAAUCCAUUUGGCUCCGGAAGACAGCCGCGGCCAAAUGUACAGCAAGCUUGAAGCCAGAUCUGGACGUGCAGGUUUGGAAUCAGACCUUGGAGGAAUGCCACAAAGGCUGGAUGCGUGGACCUUUUACUGAGACGCGGGUGACUGCAAUGGUCGGCGACCCUUACUGGCUGGCAACUCGACGUUUUGCUUUGGAGCAGAGCGACAAAAUACGACUCAUCGACGACGGCUUGGCCUCGGGCCUCAACUCUGCUUUUGGAACUAGUAACAAACUGCAGCUGCUGGAUAUAGAUUCCUUGGUUUCGCUUUUGUUGCGCAUUCAAAAGCUCAGGCUCAAAGCCUCGUCGGGGCUUUGCUUGUCUGACGGGAGCACCAUACAAUGUCACCCCUCUCCUGCGUGGGAGGGGAACCUAGAGCUCUUAGGGAAAACGCUAGACUUGAAGUCUGCCUACAAGCAGCUGGGUCCAAAUAUGGAGGAUUUGUGGACUCGACAGUAUAUGGGCUCGGUGUUGAAGCCUGCCAUGCAAUUUCUGGGAAAGAUUGCAGCGCACGGUUGGCACGUUUCCUACAAGCAAGAAUUGGCUGUGGUCCACGAAGUGGUGGUUCCAGAGAACCUACUGCGCCACUGGAAGUCGCUUGGCAACAAGGAACAACUCAUUGCAGAGCUUGAGCUGUUUCCCAUAGUCGUGGCAUUCCAGCAGCUGCAGCCCUUGUUGCAAAG